AUGAAGGUGGUCACAGCAAAGCCGGCCUCACCAAAAAGAAAUAACACCAUGGUUGAUUACUACCAAGCACUCAAUGUCCCACAAACUGCCUCCUCAAAUGAUAUUAAAAAAGCGUACAGGAAGAAUGCACUGAAAUGGCACCCGGAUAAGAACCCAGGGAACAAGGAAUAUGCUGAAAGAAAAUUCAAGGAGAUAGCGGAAGCAUACGAAGUGCUGUCAGAUGGUAUGUGCUCCAUCUUGCUUUUUUACAUUGUCUUUCUUCCAGAUUAUAAACGUGACCUUUAUGAUCUCUAUGGAGUGGAGGGUCUUCUCAAUCUAAGUACAGGAACGGGAGCAUGCCCGAGCUCAACAGGGACCUCCGAUCUCCUGUUCACGUUUCGAGAUGCUGAUGAGGUCUUCAGAGAAUUUUUUGAAGGACAAGACCCCUUCACUGAGAUCCUUGAAGACUUUUCAUCCUAUACUGAUGCACCUGGAGGAAUAUCUACCUGGACCAUGCCAGGAAGUGCUACUUUCUCCUAUUGCUCCUAUAAUGCUCCAGGCCAGACAGAUUUCUACACAACUUUUGGGCCUGGUGCCGAAUUGGGAAUAGGAUUUCGCUCCAUUUCCACUUCUACAAAAUAUGUCAAUGGCAAACGGAUAACCACCAGGAGGAUUCUUGAGCAUGGGCAGGAGAAAGUAGAAAUUGAUGAGGAUGGUUUGCUCAAAGUGGAAGAAGUACAAGAUCCCAGCAGCAACUUGAGAACCCCGAUAGAGCCUAUCCAGCAGGAGCAACCUGAGAUCUUGAGCUCUGCAGCCGACAUCUGGGCUCUACCACGAUCGCAGAGUGCUGACUUCUCUCAUGCCUACCCUACCAAUGAAGACAAACAAUUGCAUCGGGCAAUGGCCUAUAGUCUAUCUGAAAUGGAGAAUGUGGGGCAGUACUUAGCACUUGCCCAGGGCUCCAAGAAGAGACGGGGCACCACUCGACGAACACACACAAGAACUUUGGGACCUAAUGAGGAAGUGGCUUCUGCUCCAUUGGCCAUCAGAGCCAAGAGUCCAGGUGCAGGAGACAACAUUGGGAAAGAGAGGAAACACAAGCCACCUGAACUGCCCAAAGUAGAAAUCAUUGUUGAGGUACCAAAGAGCCCAACAGUGAAAGACCACACUGCCCUUAAUGAUGUGCAGUAUGUCUUUCCUGAAAUUGUUCCUUCCCGCAGAGAGAGAGAAUCUAUCAUGUGCAUCAUUCUCUGA